GUUGCAAAACCGCUUCUUUCUUUCUUUCUUUCUUUUAGCUAGUACUUCUAUACCUAUCUAACCCAUCCAGCCACAACAACGUACUCUUACUUCUUGUCCAUCAGAACAACCCUUCCUUCCUCCUCUGUCUCUCUUUCUCUCUCUCUUUCUGCUGAGUUUCUGACCAGCCCACUCGUUAUGGAAAACGGUUGGGACUUAUUCAACAUCACUACCAACAACAACCUUAUUGGAAAAACACACCAUCAUAAUAAUAGCAGUAAUAGUAGUAACAACAAUAAUAACGCCAAUUGUACCAGUGAUAGUAAUAACGCACGUGCGAUGUGGGAUUCUGGAACUAUUGCCACUCCGAAAAUUGAUUGGAAUACAAAUAAUCUUGACAAAUCCUCCUCCUUCUUCAACCUAGACAACACCCCUGCCCCCACCGCGGCCACCGUCAUUGCAUCCCAACAAGAAGAAAAGGGUGCCGUUCACGCGCUAAUGUUCGAUAAUGUGUCUUCGUCUCCAUUUCCUUCAUGUCUAUACGGUAGGGGAGGCGGAGGAGGAGGGUCCCACCCCCAGUGCUGCUAUCCGGACCCACACCUAAUGUGCCUGAAGUUGGGGAAGAGGCAUUAUUUCGGGGAUGCUGCGGCGCCGCUUGGUGACCGUCAGGGGGCAGCAGCUGGUGGCUUUUCGAUGACAACAAAGAGAGGCAAACCCUACUAUGACGCUGCGGCUGGAUUGCUUGUUGGGCCGUCGACUAUGACGGCGGCUGCGGCUGCGGCUGCGGCUGGGGUGACGGUGGCUGUGACACCGGCUGUGGUGCCGAGGUGUCAAGUUGAUGGGUGCCACGUGGCGCUGCUGAAUGCGAAGGACUACCAUAGGAGGCAUAAGGUUUGCGAGCAGCACUCCAAGGCUCCGAAAGUUGUGGUCCUAGGGCUUGAACAGCGGUUUUGUCAACAAUGUAGCAGGUUUCAUGCUGUGGAAGAGUUUGACGAGUCCAAGAGAAGUUGCAGGAGGAGAUUGGCCGGGCAUAAUGAGAGGAGAAGAAAGAGCUCUCAAGAUCAAUCUGCACCUCGAAACCAGACUCAAGUGAAUGGUAAAUUGAUGACUUGUAGUGGAAGAUAUCCGUAUUAUCCACUAAGUAGUGGAUGUGCUCUCUCUCUUCUGUCAUCAAAGAACGAUUCCUGGAUUUCAUCGGCUGAUCUCCCUGCAAGGUGCAGCGCUGCACUUUGCGAGUUAAUUGCUGAAAAUCGAGCGGCUAUUUUGGCUCGGCAGCUCAUUGUUGAUAAGGAAUGGCAUUGGCAUAAUCAUCCGACUGAAGACUUGAAUAGUGCACGUCACAAUGGAUCAAAUGCUUUCGCUAAUUAUCAGCAGCUUAUGGCCACUGGCUCGCAUAGUUGGGAUCGCAUCAACGAAGCGGGGGAGCACGUGACACUGGACCUGAUGCAGGCUCCAAAUUCUGCGUUUAGUUUCUUGUCCAUGCGGGGGAAAUCAAAGGAAGAUGAAGAAUGCCCUGGACUGUGGGGCUCUUUUGGGGGAGCCCAUGUUGUUUGAACAAUUCAUAAUUCUUUGCUGGAAAAUUCUGCUCAGAUUAUAACUUAGCAUUAUAUAUGUAUAUCCAUAAACUCGUACACCAUUUGUAAGAGGGUUAACCAUGCUUAAUUUGUUUUUUACUCCGUAACAUACAUGUAAACUUUUGUGUAAUUUGUAAUCGAUAGGUAGAUCAGGGGUCAGCUGUUGCAUUUCUUGUGUAGUCUAUGGCUGUUAGAGCUAGAAAUUUGUGAACACUUUUUUGGUAGCA